CUGCGUUGGAGGGAUUCUACUCGCUAUAUCGCCCCUGUUCGCCACUUCCAAGACGCUGAAUGAGUCUUUUGCACCGCCACGAUGUGCAUGAGGCACCGCCACGUCCGCGAUCAGCGAAGAGGAAUCCAUCACACAAUACUUCGCGCGAUUUCCCUGGUACGGACUAUUCCCCGGGUAAAGCUCGAGCUCAUCUGAACCGCAAGUCGAACUACGACAGCGACCAGAGUUUGUUGAAGAUGUUGAACUCGACGGUGGCGUGCUUAAAGCAGAAGAAGAUGGACUUGGAAGCGCUGGGAUGUCUAGAGCAGAGUUUGUGGCUCAAGCGACGCAUGUUCGGGGCGAAUAGUUCGGCUGUGCUGAAGGCACUGCACGAGGUGAUGCUGAGCUACAACUCUGUAGCGAUGCAGUACCUCGCUCAAGGACAGUUUGACCAGUGUUUAGCCAUGUUACGGAAAGCUGAAGCUAUCGUGGCGCCUGGGAACUUCAGGCGAAGUCAGGCCCUGCAGAUUCUAACAUUUAACAACAUCGGCUGUUGCUAUCGCAAGCUAGGAAAGCUGAAAUCAGCGCUUAAGUAUCUAAAAGAGGCUGCUCAGAUCGGAUCUGGCUCAGCACACGUGAAGAACCUUUCCAUUACGCACCUCAACUUGUGUGCGAUUCAGUCUCAACUCGGCCGUCACGAUCUGGCAUUGGAACAUGCACAAGCUGCGAUUUUCCAUACGCAAGAAGAGCUCGUGAGUCUCGAAGGUGGAGCCCGUGAUGAAGAUGAUAGAGACCAAGACGCGUUAGACGCUAAGACGCGUGAAGAGAAAAUUAUCUCGCUCGCUGUAGCGUACCACAAUUUGGCGGUGGAGCUCGAGUUUAAUGGACGAGGUGAAGCGAGUUUGCAAUGGUACAAGAAAGCUCUGCAGCUGGUGUGGAAGUACCGCGAGACCAAUGAAGCCUUGUGUGAAUCUUUUAAAAAGAUUUUCCUCGACGCGAAGAAGAAGCAGAAAACCGCAAACAUCCGACAGAACGGGAUUCCUGCUUCAGCGUUUACAGCAAACAAGGGGCGACGUCCGCUUACUCGCCCCAAAUCAGCUCAUGCAUCUAGGAGUACGAACGACAUUGAUAGGGGAGAUGUAUCGUACAGCUCCACAGUUGCGUCUCACUGCUAUAAAGCCACAAAGCCCUCGACAGCAGGACUUCGUUACGGUACUGCAGCCACUGAAAGUGGGAAAACAAUGCGCCCAACGUCGGCGACGAUGCGACAGCGACCAGUGUCUGCCAAGCCAUCAACUCGGCCAGACCCCCGUGACUCAGAAGACACGUUUGAAUUGCACUGGAGGAGGCUGGAGAAGGAGCACGAUCUCAACGACGUUCAACCACCACCCGAAAAGAAAACUAGACGACCUCAAAGCGCAAGCAGCGCCAGUACAGCAGCGCGUCGAAAUCAAACACAGCGGCAGCAUAAACUGCAGGGGCAGCUGUUCUUUGGAGCUCAAGAUGAAGAUUUUAUUGGAAACGACGAGGACUACGGCGUGAUAAAUGACGAUGCGAGUGACGAUGAGUUUGAUAAUUACCCCGGAAAUAAUCAGCAGGAGGGGGAAGUCGACAGCAAGAAGCGUUGUGGACGACCUGGUAAUUCAAGAAAAGAGCGCUCGAGUGCCACAGGAGGGUCAAGACAUCGCCGGGUUCUGGAUAUUAGUCGCUCUCAAACUUCUUUGGGCCCAAGCGAAACGAUCAGUGACAUUGUUCUUGAAGAGGGGUCCCCCAGUGGAACGCAUACUGGUUACAACGGGGACGACGAUACGGACCAGGAUCUACCAGCUCAGCGCGUUUGCCACAUGGAGUAUCUACGUCGCAUGAAAAAACUGGCUGAUAGCAUUAAGGAAGAUAUGAGUGGGGCGGAAUGCAGCAAAAGUGUCAACGCCCCGAAGCUCGACGUCCAAACUUCGCGACCAAAUUGA